CGGCCGUGUGCCAGCAAAGUCGGUGGGUAAUCUGACGACCAUGAGCGGGGAGGAGGCGGCUCUUCCUCCUGGCUGGACUGUUGAUUGGACGAUUCGAGGCAGGAGGUAUUACAUCGAUCACAACACAAACACCACUCAUUGGAGCCAUCCGCUGGAGAGGGAGGGGCUUCCGCCGGGCUGGGAGAGGGUGGAGUCAGCUGAGUUUGGAGUGUAUUAUGUUGACCACAUCAACAAACGUGCCCAGUACAGACACCCCUGCGCACCCAGUGUUCCACGUUACGACCAGCCCCCUCCCCCGCCAGUCACCUACCAGCCCCGCCCACCAGAGCGCAACCAGCCCGUACUGGUACCAGCAAACCCGUACCACACAGCCGAGAUCCCAGACUGGCUGCAGGUGUAUGCUAGAGCCCCGCUGAAGUAUGACCACAUCCUGAAGUGGGAACUCUUCCAGUUGAUGGAUCUGGACACGUAUCAGGGGAUGCUGAAGCUGCUCUUCAUGAAGGAACUGGAGUGCAUCGUUAAAUCCUAUGAGGCGUAUCGACAAGCGCUGCUCACCGAACUCGACACACGCAAACAGCGGCAGCAGUGGUAUGCCCAACAACCAGCCAAAAACUUCCCUCCUAACAUGUGACUCGUAUGAGACACACCCAAACUCCAGCCUUAUCAGUGCCUUAGCUGCUGAUGCAGACUGUCAUUUACUCCCUCAAACAGCUCCAAAUAUAAGCCCAAAGAGAGACACCACACAAAGCCUGUUGGGAACUUUACACUAUUACUCCUAUAUAUCCUUAUCAGCCAUUAUACGGCUGUGUGUGUUCUGAGUCUAUGCUUGGUUUUGACUGUGUUGUGAAUGUGUUUGCACAUGUUGAGAGUAUGUUUCUUUGUGCAUGUCAGGACUGUGAGGACUCACUCCUUCUGCAUUGUCUUUUUGGACAAUCACAACUAUCAGUUAUCAAUGGUUUAUUGUUUAAUCCGACUUUUAUUUUCAGUUAUAGUUUUGCUUUUAGGGUGAAUCUCGUUAAAAAACUCAUCCAGGUCACAUUUCACCUCAAAAAAAAGAAAGAAAGAAAAUGAAGCUGAAUUUAAAGUUAUUUAAAUCAGCAUGAAUGAACGGUUUUACAUCAAAUACGAUCAUGAUGUAUACUUUGCAAUUUAAAUAAAUUAUAAAAAUCGCUAGUUUUUGCAUUACAGUAAUGAGUUUUUUUAUAUUGAAAUAAUGCAAUAAUGAAAAUAAUGCAAUAAUCUUCAUGGUGCUUCAUUUUCUUCAAGUAAAAUGUAUAUUUUUGUUUCUUGUGUUUUGUUUUGUUUUUUGGGAGGGUGAAAUAUGACUUGGACAUUUCUUUGAGGUUCAUCCUUUAAGAUGUAGGUGGAUAUCUUUUUUUAAGGAAUUUGCUUAUUUAAAGAUGAAACUUUCAGGCAGAGUCGUCACUUUGUAUGAAGUGAUUGAGCGUAUGGCAUUCAUUUUUUUCAAGAGGUUAUUGCCUGUAUUUUUCUGUUAUUAUGUCUGUUUGUAAAAGCUAUUUUGAACAUCAACACUAAAUAAACCAAGACCUUGUAUUGUG